AUGACCUCCUCUCCUUUCGUCAUCACAGAGCAUAUCAUCGAUUGCCAGCAUAUCCGGGAAUACCCUCAUGCGACCAGACACGGUGACGAUGUGCUGAAGCUGGUUGUGAAGCAGUACACGCCCAAAUCAAACCCAGAUCCGCAGCCCGGGGAUGUGACGAUAAUCGGCGCCCACGCCAGUGGGAUGCCCAAGGAGCUCUACGAACCCCUCUGGGAAGAAACCCUAGCCAAGCUCGAGCAUCAGGGUGUUCGGAUCCGCUCGAUUUGGAUCGCAGACACGGCCAGCCAAGCUGCCAGCGGACUGCUCAACAGACCACACCUGGGCAACGAUCCAUCAUGGUUCGACCACGCGCGAGACCUUCUCCACCUGAUCAACACCUUCAAAGCCGACAUGCCGCGACCGAUAGUAGGAGUCGGCCACAGCCUCGGGGCCGGGCAACUAAUCCUCUUAUCCUUCCUACACCCCCGCCUCCUCACCACCCUAAUCCUCAUCGACCCCGUCCUAGCCCCCGACGUGCACACCGGCAAAGGCGCCGCAUUCGCGCACGCGUCUCUCGCUACCCCCGACCACUGGGGCUCCCGCGCUUCCGCGGCCGCAUUCCUCUCUAAACAGUACCGACGAUGGGAUCCAAGGGUACUGAACCUAUUCCUGAAACACGGCCUCCACCACAUUGAGGGGGAUUCAUCAUCCGACGGAGCCGUUGUCCUGACCACCUCGCGCCAUCAAGAGGUCAUGCAGUACCUGCGCGCCAACUUUGCGCACCACACACCCUUGGAGACUGACCCGGAGGACGCACCACGCCCCCACGAUGCGGUCUUCUUUCCGGAUGUCAUCGGGCCCGCGCAUGCGGUCGCCCCGUUUUAUAGGAAUGAGCCGAUCCUCGCGAUGAAAACCCUGGGGCAUCUGCGUCCGUCGGUGUUGUAUGUGUUUGGCGGGAGGAGUCCGGUUUCGACGCCGCAGAUGCGGGCGGAGAAGGUGGAGCGGACGGGGAGGGGAGUCGGGGGUAGUGGGGGGUUCGAGCGCGGGAGGGUCAGGGAGGUUGUGCUUGACAAUGCGGGGCAUCAGGUGCCGUUUGAGGAUGUGGGUGGAGUAGCGCAUGCAACGGCGGAGUGGCUGGGCGGGGAGGUGGUGCGGUGGAAAGAGGAGGAAGAGAGAAUUAAUCGGGACUGGAUGGAGCGGUCGGUGGCGGAGCGCGUGGCUUUGUCGAAGGAGUGGCCGGAACGGUUGAGGCAGGUGUCGAGGAAGGCCCAGGGAAUCAAGUCGAAACUAUGA